AUGAACAACGUCGUUUUUGUGACGCGAUUGAAUGGCGGUGCGAAAGGCUGUUGCUAUUUACAGGCAAUUUGCGAAGGUGAUAAUGACCAGUUCAAUGGUUUCUCUCUUGACCUUUCAUUUUUGGGCAUAUCCCAUGGUUACGUUGAGGCUAGUAACUGUGGUGGGGUUUUCUGUUUCAAUGCUUUUAAUGGUUGGAUUGUUCUGUGCAACCCGCUUGCAAACACCCUCAAAUUCCUUCCCCCGACCCUCCCCCCUCCCCCUUUGUCUUAUAUCCGUUUUUAUAAUUGUGGUUUCUGUUAUGAUGCUAAAUCUGACGACCACAAGGUCAUUAGAAUCUUUGAUGUUGUUGACCCCGAGAAGGAAGAUGGAAUUACUCGUUAUUGUCGUCCCACUACAAAAUCUGAGUUGUUUUCGUUCAGACGUGUCAUUUUCUAUAGCGGAUUUGGAGAGUUCAUCAAGGCUUUUGAGGUUUGGGAAUAUGGAAUAGAUGGAGAAUGGUCUAAAUUAUACGAUGAUGCCAUUAUCAUUAAUGUUGAGAAACCAUUGAACUUGAAUGGUUCAUUGAUUACUCAUUCUUAUAAUACCCAAUGCCUUGACGAUCAAAAAACCUUGUUGCUUCAGUUCAAGAACGACUUGACAUUCGAUUCUUCUCUUUCAACAAAAUUGGUGCGAUGGAAUGAAAGUGAUGAGUGCUGCAAGUGGGCCGGUGUGGAAUGUGAUGCUGCUGGCUAUGUCAUUAGUUUGCAGCUGGAUGAUGAGUCUAUUUCUGGUGGAAUCGCGGAUUCAUCGAGUCUCUUCAAACAUGUGCAUCUGCAGAAGCUAAAUCUAGCCUACAAUGAUUUCAACAGCACUCCCAUUCCGAAAGGUAUUCACAAUCUCACCUAUUUGACACACUUGAAUUUAUCCCAUGCUGAAUUUGGUGGGCAGGUUCCCGCUGAAAUUUCUUCCUUGAGGAGGUUGGUUAGUCUCGAUAUCUCCUAUGGUUUUACAAUAUCUGUGAAACUGGAGAUGCUUGUCCGAAAUCUAACAGGGCUUCGGGAGCUUUAUCUUGAUGAUGUGAAUGUUAAUUCCUCUCAUGAGAGGAGAAAAUGGAGCCACAUUAUAUCAUCAUAUUUACCCAACCUCACCACCUUGAGCUUGCGUUCUUGUGGUUUGUCUGGCCCUUUAGCUAAGUCCUUUUCGCAACUCCAUUCCCUUUUCUUCCUUCGUCUAGAUUAUAACGAACUUGGAUCAGAACUUCCAGACUUGUUCGCCAAUUUUCCAAGUUUGGCCACCUUGAGUCUUUAUAACUGCAGUUUGAAGGGUUCGAUUCCACCCACCUUUGCUAACCUAACCAACCUGAUUCGUCUCGAUUUGUCAAGUAACUUCUUCACAGGCUCACUUUCUUCUAUGCUGUUUGAAGGUCUUUCCAAUCUUGUUUAUUUAGAUUUGUCAUAUAAUUCAUUCUCUGGUAACAUUCCCCACUCUCUCUUUGCUCUCCCUUCAUUGUUGGAACUUGAUCUUAGCAGCAAUCAGUUGAAUGGCACUUUUCAACUGGACAAGUUUCAAAGUCUUGCCAAUCUAACCCGACUUCAUCUAUCUCACAAUAGAUUGUCAGUAGAUGUUGGCAACCUCAAUUCAACUUCAUAUGGAAGUCUCCAACUAAAAGAGUUAAGUCUAGCUUCAUGUAACUUGUCCCAUUUUCCUAAUUUCAUCAAACAUUCUGAUGAUUUGAGAACACUAGACCUCGCAUACAAUCGGAUUGGUGGGGAGAUACCUAGUUGGAUUUGGGAAACACAACUUUGGUAUUUGGACCUCUCUUAUAAUCUUCUAACAGAUCUGCAAAAGCCUUACCAUAUCCCUGCUUCUCUUGAAUGGCUAUAUUUGGACUCUAACAGUUUAAGUGGAUCGAUUUCAACCUCCCUUUGCAGUGCCACGAGCCUCCGUGUUCUUGAUUUGUCUGGCAAUAGAUUAAGUGGCAGCAUACCCCCUUGCUUACUUGAAAACAUUUUAGAGUUAGAUCUAAGCCAAAACAACAUCAGCGGUAGCAUUCCAGAUGAUUUUCCUAUGGAUUGUUCGCUACUAUAUUUGGAUCUUAACAAUAAUACUUUAGAAGGGAAAAUCCCAAAGUCCCUUGAAAGAUGCGAGCGGUUGCGGCUCAUGAAUGUUGGGAACAACAACAUCAAUGACAGUUUCCCGUGCAUGCUAUCAUCCACGUGGUUGCGAGUUCUUGUUUUGCACUCGAACAGAUUCCAUGAGGAAGUAAGAUGUCAAAACAUGAGCUGGCCAGAUCUCCAAAUUCUUGAUAUAUCUUCCAAUCAGUUCAGCGGAAAUCUGGAAUCAAUAAACUUUUCUAGUUGGGAGACAAUGAUGCUACAGAGUGAUGAACCCAAUUCAGAUUUCCAGUACUCAGAAUUGUGGAGUUCAUUAAGCAUCACAUUAAUCAUGAAAGGGACAAAUUCAGAGUAUCACACGAUUUGGUCAGAGUUUGGUAUCAUUGAUUUCUCUUGCAAUAAUUUUGGAGGAGAGAUACCAAAUGCAAUGGGUGAUCUUACCUCACUUCAUCAGCUCAACCUCUCCCACAAUGCCCUCAAUGGAAGCAUCCCAAACUCAUUUGGUCAGUUGAGGAAUCUCGAAUCACUCGACCUCUCUGUAAAUCGACUCAUCGGGCCAAUACCAGUGGGGCUUGUAGGGCUCACAUUUCUUCAAGUCCUGAAUCUGUCCUACAAUAAGCUGGUUGGAGAGAUCCCAAAUGGGCGUCAGUUACAAACAUUUUCAGCUGAUUCCUUCAAAGAAAAUGCGGGGUUGUGUGGUUUCAAUCUCAACAUAAGCUGCAGUACUGAUAGUGAUGACAAUGAUCAUUUGUCGCCAGAAGAAGAUGAAAACGGGGAAGAGAAGAGUGAGAUCGAGUGGGAGUAUGUAUCUUCUGCGCUUGGUUAUGUUGUGGGAUUAGGAAGCAUUGCAUGGACGUUUUUAUGCCGCAGAAGCUUCAGAGAAAGAUAUUUCGAGAAAAUAGAAAAGAUUGUUGACAAGAUUUUCUACGAGAGAGCCAGGAGAAGAAGACAUGAAAGAAGAAGAAGAAGAGUAGAGAUGAGGAAUGAGGUUAGGAGACAGCAGAGAAGAUGA